AUGGCUGCUACCGGUGGCUGCAAGGGCAAAUCUAUUUGCUCAAAGCAUGUCACUAUGCUCACGGCCGUAAUUAUGAGCUUUGGAGUCAUCUCCUGUUGUCUCGGCCAUGGCGGGGGGGAUCAUGAUGGCCAUCUCGGGGCGAAGGGGGGAAGCUGCAUAGAGAGCGAGAGGAGAGCUCUCCUAGACAUCAGAUCCGACAUGUAUGACUCUGGCGAAAUAUUCUCUACUUGGAUCGGUGAAGAUUGCUGUCGUUGGAGAGGAGUGGCCUGCGACAACACCACCAGCCAUGUCAUCAAACUCGACCUCCACUAUCCUGACACUCGCCAUUCCUACACAGAUGAUUGGGAUGACGAUGAUGACAUUUACUUCAUGCUGAAAGAGAUGGGUGCGAGCAAGGUAAAUCCCGCUUUGCGUGAUCUGAAGCAUUUGAAAUAUCUGGAUUUGAGCAUGAAUAAUUUCUUUGGCUCCCACAUUCCCCACAUGAUUGCUUCACUUGUGCAUUUGGAAUAUCUUAACCUAUCCAAUGGUAUGUUUGAUGGACUAAUACCUCCUCAACUGGGGAACCUCUCCAACCUACACUACCUUGAUCUUGGAGGAUGUGGAGUUAAUGAUCUACGAGCUGAUGACCUUGAUUGGCUCUCCCGAAUUCCUUCUCUAAAAUAUGUUGAUAUGAGUUCUGUCAACCUCUCUAAAGCAACUAAUUGGCUUCACCAAGUUAAUUCAAUUCCCAGUCUUGAAGUAUUGCGCUUGAGUUGUUGGGCAAGCCUCCCGUAUAUUCCAGCUCCUCCGCCCCCAUUUAAUUUGACUUCAAUCGUAAAGCUGGAUCUCUCUGGUUAUUCCAACUUGAACACAACAAUUCUAAGAUGGCUCUCUCAUGCUAGUACCCUCGUAUAUCUUGAUCUUUCUGACUGUAGUGGUAUCGAUAUUGAGUCACUACAAGUCACUCUGGGAGCUCUGAGUAAUUUGAAAGAAUUAUAUUUGCUAGACGAUCGUCUCGAAGGAGAAAUUUUUGGAAUGAUAAUGAAUGUGAGCAGCAGGUUGAAGCAUUUGGAUUUAAGUUGGAAUUCAUUAAGCGGAGAUAUUGGACAAAUCUUGAGGAGCCUUGGCUCCUUGGAGUACCUUGCAUUAGAUUAUAACAACUUCAAUGGAGAUAUUCGAGAAAUGGUGAAAAAUGCUCCUAGCAGCUUACAAUAUUUAAGUUUGAGAUUCAAUCACAUUACCGGAGAAAUUCCACAAAAUGUAAAAAAUCUCACCAAUUUGGAAUACUUGAAUCUCUCGUAUAACAAUAUUACCGGAGAUAUACUAAUGGCUUUUUCUGAUCUUUUCAAGUUGAAACGUUUGAUAUUACAAGGAAAUAAUAUUUCAAUACAAAUACCAAAAAUUAUUGGAAAUCUCACCAAUUUGGAAUACUUGGAUCUCUCGUAUAACAAUAUUACCGGAGAUAUACUAAUGGCUUUUUCUGAUCUCUUCAAGUUGAAAAGUUUGAUAUUACAAGGAAAUAAUAUUUCAAGACAAAUACCAAAAAUUAUUGGAAAUCUCACCAAUUUGGAAUACUUGGAUCUCUCGUAUAAUAAUAUUAUUGGAGCUAUACCAACGACUAUUGGUGAUCUUAUCAACUUAGAGAGCUUGAUAUUAUCGAAAAAUAAGAUUUCAGGACAAAUACCAAAAAUUAUUGGGAAUCUCACCAAUUUGAAAUGCUUGGAUCUCUCGUACAAUAAUAUUACUGGAGGCAUACCAACGGCUUUUGCUGAUCUCAUCAACUUACAGAGAUUGAUAUUGGGGAGCAAUGAGAUUUCAGGACAAAUACCAGAAACUAUUGGGAAUCUCCAAAAUAUACAAUGGCUAGAUUUAUUUGAUAAUUUUUUUAAUGGACAGAUACCAGAGACCUUCAACAGACUCUACAACUUACAAAGCUUGGAUGUAUCGUAUAAUCACUUGACAAAGUUAGUAUUUGGGACUCUAAAUAAACUAUGCAAUUUGAGUUUUAUAGAUUUGUCCUUUAACCCCUAUUGGUGGAGAGCUAACAUAUUUGAUCGAUGCUUUACCAAGUUGUAA